UCGUAGCCGCCUGCGCGCGCGCGCAUCAAACCCAAAACACAACAACAACAACUUCACCACCCACCACUGCACCAUCAGCACCAGCAAAAGCUCCAACGCCUCUCCUUAAAGCACCGUUAACUUUCACCAGCGAUGUCCGCCGCUCAGUUCAAGCAUGAACCGAACGCAUCAAUUGCGGACGUCGCAGCGCUGCCGCUGCCGCUGCCAAUGCCGCCGUCACCGUCAGCGCCAACAGCCGAUCGCAUCGAAUGGUCGCGUGCAACAAUUUUGGGCUUUAUCGAGGAUUAUCGCCGGCAUCGAGUCCUCUGGGACCCGAACACAAAAGGCUACCACAUCAAGCAGACCAAAUACGAGGCACUAAAUCUGUUGAGUCAGAAAUAUGGCACCGAAAUCCGCUCGAUACGAUCGAAAAUAAAAUCGUUGCGUUCGUCAUUCCAUCGGGAACAUGGCAAGGUGCUCAACGGACGCAGCCGCGGCGUUCAUUAUCAGCCCAUGUGGUUUGCCUACGAAGCCAUACGGUUUAUACUCGACGGCGAACGUGACGUUGACAGCGCUGCUUUAGAUGUGACUGCUGCGGCUGCUGGCGUCGGCGUCAGCGUUGAUGUUAAGCCGCUGUUGGACUCGGAAGCAGCGGAAAAACUUGCGCUGAUGCAUAGCCUAGAUUUGGAACAGCUGACAGCUGUUGGAGUCCAAAAAGUUGAGCAGCAACAGCAACAGCACGAAGAGUUUGCUGCUCGCGUCGCUGCUGCUGUUGCUGUUGUCGCCGCCGCUGCAGCAGCGGCGAAUGUGAGAGAACAUCAGCAUAAUAUGGAUGCAGGCGAUUCGGACGUCGUCAAUUCGCCGGAUCCUAAUUCCAAUGGUUGUGCGGGCGGCGAUGCAGCCGCCGCCUCAGCAGCUGUGACACGUUCCUCUUCCGAUUUGGAUGGCGAGACUUAUUGCAAUAUCAGCGCCGAAGAUGUGAAAACCGAAAUUAUCGAGCACGAAGCUGAGCUUGGUAUGCUGGAUAGGCAGACGAGUACGCCGCUCUCGCUGAGCUAUUACAAGCCCACAGAUCUGACAUACAAUCGGCGGAAGCGCAAGGCGCAACUGGAUGAGAUCGAUGCGAAUGAUGGCAACGAUGGCAAUGGCGGCGAUCUCUGUGGUGGCGUGGGCGUUGGCAUCGUUGGGGGCGUGGUCGGUGCUUUGACUUUGACGCCGAUCAAAUCAACAAACCAUCAGCAGCAGCAGCAGCAGCAACAGCAGCAUCAUCAUCAGCAACAACACUUGAACCACAAUCAGAUCGCAUUUCAUACGCUUCAGCAACACUUUAACCACAAUCUCAGCCACAUAAACCACAACGGCAAUGGGCAGCCACAGCAACAACAACAACAGCAGCAGCAGCAACACCAACAACAGCAACAACAACAUUCCAAUAACAUGGCACAAAAACGUGAUCGUGAUCGUGAUCUCUCCUCCUCCAACAAGAACAGCAACAACAGCAACAGCAACAACAACAACAAUAACAAUAACAAUUGUAGCAGUAACAGCAACAAUAUGAGUGCCAGCCAUGUGGAUGAGUAUGAGGUGUUUGGUGAGUAUGUGGCGAUAACCAUACGCAAACUGAAGACACCAAAAUCGAGAAUUGUCGUCAAGCAUCUGAUCAAUAAUCUGCUGUAUGAGGCGGAGUUGGGGAAGUAUGAUCAGGGUAUGCCAGCGACGACGGAGCCACCGCAGCUCUACAAAAUGCAUUAGCAUAUAUCGUUGAGUUAUCGAUUAAGUUAUCGCUAAUCGCUAUCGAAAGUAAAGCGGCCAAGUAGUUAACAACAACAAAGAGAGCAGGGAUCGAGAGAACGCACUAGUCAGCAACAAAACAAAAAUAAUCAAGAAGAAAGCAAAAGAAAUAAAGAAGAG